UUUUAAAAGAAUGAGUUUGCUUUUGAAAGGGGAAUUUUAAAGGACUGUUCUUGUCUGUCCAUUGCCAUCUAACUUCUCACCCACCCCAUGUUCUGUCUUAUUUCCCUGUAGCACUAAACUCAGCCACUACUGAGGACAUUCCAUUCUCUUAAUCAAUCAAAAUUAUGAGUCCCCGGAUUUCCUGUUCCCGAUGUCAUCAGCAGCAUAAGGCAGUUAUCGAAAGCUGCCAUGAAAGAGGAGGCCAAACCCAGCAAAGACAACGAGGACGCCUUUUACAACUCACAGAAGUUCGAGGUCUUGUACUGUGGCAAGGUGACCGUAACCCACAAGAAGGCCCCGUCCAGCCUCAUCGACGACUGCAUCGAGAAGUUCAGCCUGCACGAGCGGCAGCGCCUGCGGGUUCAGGGCGAGCCGCGCGCCGCGGAUGCCGGCGAGGACCCGGCGGUGUCGGAGGCCCAGGCGCCCGCUUCCCCCGCCGACGUUGGGUCCGAGGAAGGGGAUGGCGUCACCGACACCCACCCCGUCUUCCCCGCGGCGCCCAGCCAGCCUGGGCCGUCCAGCUCUCGAGUCUGCUUCCCUGAGCGGAUUUUGGAAGAUUCUGGCUUUGAUGAACAGCAGGAGUUCCGGUCUCGGUGCAGCAGCGUCACGGGUGUCCUGCAAAGGAAAGUUCACGAGAACAGCCAGAAACCGCAGCCGCGGAGGAGGCAUGCCAGCGCGCCCAGCCACGUCCAGCCCUCGGAUUCGGAGAAAAACAGAACGAUGCUGUUUCAGGUUGGACGGUUUGAGAUUAACCUUAUCAGUCCAGAUACUAAAUCACUUGUGCUUGAGAAGAAUUUUAAAGAUAUCUCUUCUUGUUCCCAGGGUAUAAAGCAUGUUGAUCACUUUGGCUUUAUCUGUCGGGAGUUGCCGGAGCCUGGGCUGAGCCAAUAUAUCUGUUACGUGUUCCAGUGUGCCAGCGAAUCUCUGGUUGAUGAGGUAAUGCUGACUCUGAAACAGGCUUUCAGCACGGCCGCUGCCCUGCAGAGUGCCAAGACCCAGAUUAAGCUGUGCGAGGCCUGCCCUAUGCACUCUUUGCAUAAGCUCUGUGAAAGGAUUGAAGGUCUCUAUCCACCAAGAGCCAAGCUGGUAAUACAGAGGCAUCUCUCGUCCCUGACAGAUAAUGAGCAAGCUGACAUCUUUGAACGAGUUCAGAAAAUGAAGGCAGUCAAUGACCAGGAGGAAAACGAACUUGUGAUUUUACAUCUGAGGCAGCUGUGCGAAGCCAAGCAGAGGACACACGUUCAUAUUGGGGAAGGCCCAUCGACUAUUUCAAAUAGUACAAUCCCAGAAAAUGCGACGAGCAGUGGAAGGUUCAAACUUGACAUUCUGAAAAAUAAAGCCAAGAGAUCCUUAACUAGCUCCCUGGAAAAUAUCUUCUCAAGGGGAGCUAACAGAAUGAGAGGUCGGCUUGGAAGUGUGGACAGCUUUGAACGAUCCAACAGUGUUGCUUCAGAGAAGGACUGCUCCCCGGGAGACUCCCCGCCAGGGACCCCACCAGCUUCCCCACUGUCCUCAGCUUGGCAGACGUUCCCUGAAGAGGAUUCCGACUCCCCGCAGUUUCGAAGACGGGCCCACACGUUCAGCCACCCACCUUCCAGCACGAAGAGAAAGCUGAAUUUACAGGAUGGGAAGGCACACGGGCUUCGCUCCCCUCUUCUGAGGCAGAGCUCCAGCGAACAGUGCAGCAUCCUUGCAUCAGUUUGGCGCAUGCACAAGGAGAGUAAUUAUUCCUCCAGUCUUCCAAGUCUUCACACUUCCUUCUCUGCCCCUUCCAUCACCGCCCCCUCUUUCCUGAAAAGCUUUUACCAGAAUUCAGGUAGACUGUCCCCACAGUAUGAAAAUGAAAUCAGUGAUGGAGAGGGGAGAAAAAGGACCUCGUCUACCUGCAGCAACGAGUCCCUAAACGUUGGAGGAACCCCUGUCACUCCGCGCCGAAUUUCCUGGCGGCAGCGCAUCUUUCUUAGGGUUGCGUCUCCCAUGAACAAAUCUCCCUCGGCCAUGCAGCAGCAGGAUGGACUGGACACGAGUGAGCUGCUGCCACUGUCCCCUCUUGCUCCACCCAUGGAGGAGGAACCGCUGGUUAUAUUCGUGUCUGAUGACGAUGACACAGAAAAGGCUGAAGAAGGAAAAAAGUCGGAGGAACUGAGGAGUUUGUGGAGAAAAGCUAUACACCAGCAAAUCCUGUUGCUUCGAAUGGAAAAAGAAAACCAGAAACUUGAAGCAAGCAGAGAUGAACUCCAGUCCAGAAAAAUUAAAUUGGAUUAUGAAGAAGUUGGAGUAUGUCAGAAGGAGGUCUUAAUAACCUGGGAUAAGAAGUUGUUAAACUGCAGAACUAAAAUCAGAUGUGAUAUGGAAGAUAUUCAUACUUCUCUUAAAGAAGGUGUUCCCAAAAGUCGACGAGGAGAAAUCUGGCAGUUCCUAGCUUUGCAGUAUCGUCUAAGACACAGAUUGCCUAAUAAACAACAACCUCCUGACACAUCCUAUAAAGAGCUUUUAAAGCAGCUCACAGCUCAGCAGCAUGCUAUUCUCGUGGAUUUAGGGAGGACAUUUCCUACUCAUCCUUACUUUUCAGCACAGCUUGGGGCAGGGCAGCUGUCUCUCUUUAACCUCUUGAAAGCCUACUCAUUGCUGGACAAAGAAGUGGGUUACUGUCAGGGGAUCAGCUUUGUGGCUGGAGUCCUGCUUCUACACAUGAGUGAAGAGCAAGCCUUUGAAAUGCUGAAAUUCCUCAUGUAUGACCUGGGCUUUCGCAAGCAGUACCGACCUGACAUGAUGUCACUACAGAUUCAGAUGUACCAGCUGUCCAGGCUUCUUCAUGACUAUCACAGAGAUCUCUACAAUCACCUUGAAGAAAAUGAAAUCAGCCCCAGUCUUUAUGCUGCCCCCUGGUUCCUCACAUUGUUUGCCUCUCAAUUUCCAUUAGGAUUUGUAGCCAGAGUUUUUGAUAUUAUUUUUCUUCAGGGAACUGAAGUUAUAUUUAAGGUAGCCCUCAGCCUGCUGAGCAACCAAGAGGCACUCAUAAUGGAAUGUGAAAACUUUGAAAAUAUUGUUGAAUUCCUUAAAAGCACGCUCCCUGAUAUGAAUUCCUCUGAAAUGGAAAAACUGAUCACCCAGGUUUUUGAGAUGGAUAUUUCUAAACAGUUACACGCCUAUGAGGUGGAGUACCACGUACUGCAGGAUGAGCUCCAGGAAUCUUCCUAUGCCUGUGAGGAGAGCGAACCCAUGGAGAAGUUGGAGAGGGCCAACAGCCAGCUGAAAAGACAAAACAUGGACCUCCUAGAAAAAUUACAGAUAGCUCAUGCUAAAAUCCAGACCUUGGAAUCCAACCUGGAAAAUCUUUUAACCAGAGAGACCAAAAUGAAGUCUUUGAUCCGGACCCUGGAACAAGAGAAAAUGGCUUAUCAAAAGGCAGUGGAGCAAAUUCGGAAGCUGCUGCCAGCAGAUGCUCUGGCCAAUUGCGAACCGCUGCUGAGAGACUUCAACUGCAACCCUAACAGCAAAGCCAAGACAGGAAACAAGCCGUAACUGAAGACGUGCCACCCCAGCAGGAAGUGCUCUGAGGACUCUACCAACAGAAGGAGUCUGCAUGCUGCUGGCCCAGAGCCGACAGAACCACUGAACUGGUUCCGAGCCCAAGUCAGAGCCGGUAACCCUCGCUCUCCUUAGAGCAUGCCAGUUCUAAGCCAUUGUACAUAUGUAGACUGUUUUUUGCUGUCCUUGUUGACUAUGUACAUAUAUAUAUAAUGGACAUAAAGAGUUCAUGCUUUCACAUAAAGGAGUAGAUAUAUAUUUAGAGCAGUUUUUUUAAAAAAAAUCAAAACUUCAUGAAAUCCAAACCAAAGGGAAGUUAAAAUGAAAUUCCCCUUGGACACCUGUGAAAUCAUUUGUUUUUGUAGUGAAACAAAGCUAGAACAUCUUUGUAUAUUGAAAUAUACUUGAAAAAAAUGAAUGUAUUUUUUUCUCCAAAGAACAGCAUGUUUCACUCGGUGGUGGAGAGAGGGAAACAUUUGUGUAGCUUUAUGUGCAUCUGUCUUAAAAUCUACUGACAUUUUUAAUAUAUAUAAUAUAUAAUA